AUGGCCGCCCAGGGCAAUCAGCCUCAGGCUUCAUUGCCGUCGUUGCCUGCCCAUGUCCAAUCCGACACCCAUCUCACGGCCCACCUUGCUUCUCGUUUCCAUCUGUCUCUACCAACUGCCUCUAUCUCCUCCCAUGCCAUCAUCAGCUUGAAUACGUAUACCAGUGCCACCGUAGCCGGUGUCGAAUGUGAAAAGCUCGCCGAACGUCUUUACAACAGAUUGGCACACCGGGCAGAGAAUCAGGCCGUCUUGUUUCUUGGAGAAUCUGGUUCCGGAAAGACUACACUCCGAUCUCAUCUUUUAGCCUCAUUGCUCAGCUUCUCUUCAACUCCUUUGUCGAACAAGAUUUCUUUUGCCGCGUUUUUGUUCGAUACUUUGACAACAACCAAGUCAUCUACCACCCCAACUGCAUCCAAAGCCGGUCUCUUCCUCGAGCUUCAAUACGAUAAUACCUCUUCGACACUCAUUGGUGGAAAGUUGCUGGAUCAUAGACUUGAAAGGUCCAGAAUCUCACAUGUCCCGACUGGUGAACGUAACUUUCACGUUCUGUACUACCUCCUUUCUGGAACUUCCCAAGCUGAAAAGGAGCAUUUGGGGCUCAAUGUUGUUGGAGGUGCCACUCACGGCCCCGGGAACCGAGGUUCCGUCAACAUUGGAAAAAGAUGGAGAUAUCUCGGUCAUCCAAGCCAGUUGAAAGUCGGAAUCAAUGAUUCUGAUGGCUUCGAUCACUUCAAGACCGCUCUUCGUAAAUUAGAAUUCCCGAGGGGCGAGAUUGCUGAGAUUUGUCAAAUUUUGGCCACAAUUUUGCACAUUGGCCAACUUGAGUUCUUGACCUCCCACACUUCGAGAGGUGCUGGUGAUGACAGUGGUCCUCAAGAUGCAGGCGAGGAUACCAUUGUUGUCAAGAACAAGGACUCCCUCAAUAUCGUUGCUGCUUUCCUUGGUGUAUCAAGCGAUGCACUCGAAACAAGCUUUGGAUAUAAAACUAAGACUAUCCAAAAGGAGCGAGUCACUGUUAUGCUUGACGCUAAGGGCGCCAGAGCUAACGCUGAUGAUCUCGCUCGUACCCUUUAUUCCCUUUUGGUUGCCUGGAUCGUCGAAUCUGCCAACGAGAGACUAUGUGCUGUUGAAGACACUGUCGCGAAUACUAUUUCCGUCGUUGACUUCCCCGGUUUCGCUCAGGCUACCGCUCCUAACGGAGCGUCGCACCUGGACCAGUUGCUUAAUAAUGCAGCUACGGAAGCUCUCUAUGGAUUCACUCUUCAACAUUUCUUCGAGAGGAGCGCAGAAUUGCUCGAAUCCGAGGAAGUCAGUGUUCCCGCAACUAGCUACUUCGACAACGGAGAUGCCGUCAAGGCGUUGCUCAAGCAAGGCAACGGUCUUCUCGCUAUCCUCGAUGAUCAAACUAGACGCGGACGCAGCGAUGCCCAGUUUUUCGAGAGCAUGAAGAAGAGAUUCGAGGGCAAGAAUCCUGCCGUCGAGCCUGUCCCUAUCAGCAACGCCACCCUCCCAAUUGCUGCUACUUCUACCUCCUUCCGCGGUGCUUUCACAAUCAGGCACUUUGCCGGUGAAGUUGAGUAUCCAGUUUAUGGCUUGCUCGAGGACAACGGUGAAGUCAUUAGCGGUGAUAUCAUGCAGUUGAUCCAAACUACCACCAGUAACUUCGUCGCGGAGCUCUUUUCAUCCAAGGCUCUCAAUACCCAACACCACCCACAGGAGAAGUCCGCAAUCAUGCAAGCUCAGCUCUCCUCGAAGCCUUUGAGACAGCCCAGCGUAGUCCGUAAGAAGGGCACACGGCCUGUUCUCAAGGGUAAGGAGUCACCGCCACCGGCGGAGGAGCUCGAGAUUGAAACGACAUCUAAACAUGGCCAACAAGGUGCUGCCGGUCAGUUUUUGGCUGGUCUAGACACAAUCACCAAGGCGCUUAACAAUCUCAACACCAACCCGUAUUUCGUGUUCUGCUUGAAACCAAACGACAGGAGGAUAGCAAACCAAUUUGACUCGAAGUGUGUCAGAACACAGGUGCGAGUUUUGGGUAUCGCGGAAAUUACUCAGAGAAUCAAGAACGCAGACUUCUCAAUCUUUAUGCCGUUCGGAGAGUUCCUCGGUUUGACAUCGACCGACAAUUCCAUUGUCGGAAGCGAAAGGGAGAAGGCAGAGGCUGUGCUCGAUGAGAAGAGGUGGCCGGCGAAUGAAGCAAGAUGCGGUUCAACCGGUGUCUUCCUCAGCGAAGCCUGCUGGGCUGAAGUUGCCGAUGUUGGAUCUGGCACAUUUAUGCAUGCCGGCGUGGCUGGCGACCGCAAACUGAGUACCCCUGGUGAUGAAGGGAGCCCGUUCGGCGACUCCAAAUCGCACCUCAUCGAAGGAGGCAUUGGUUCCCAUAUUUAUGGCAAAGGAGGUUACCUCGGAGUCAAUAGGGACGCCGACGGUCGAUCGGAUGCCGGCGCUUCCGCCUUUAAUCAGGGCGAUAUGUUCAGGCACUUCGACACCCGUGAACAAAUGGCUGAAAAGGGUGCAGCAGCCCGUGAGGAGGAGAUUGACGAAGUUGUCGUAUCUGGUUCUCGAAAGAGAUGGCUCUUCCUGGUUUACAUGCUUACGUUCUGGCUUCCCGACUUCUUCCUCAGCUGGCUCGGCCGCAUGAAGCGCAAGGACAUCCGUGUCGCAUGGCGUGAAAAGUUGGCUAUCAACAUUCUUAUCUGGCUCAGCUGUGGUUUCGUCAUCUUCUUCAUCGUCUGGUUUCCCAACUUGAUCUGUCCUAAGCAAAACGUCUUCACACUUGAUGAGUUGAAAGCCUACAGCUUUGAUAAGACGAAAAAGUCUAGUAACGUCCUGACCGCGAUUCGUGGUGAGGUUUUCGACCUUUCAUCCUUCUCUAAUACUCAUUACCCCUCAAUCGUUCCACAAGACGAUGUUCUCGCAUACGGUGGUCGAGACGCUUCCGCUCUAUUCCCCGUCCAAGUUUCAGCUCUGUGCAGAGGACGUGAUGGCAAAGGUGUCAAUCCCUAUAUCGCGAUCAACUAUGUCAACCCCAACUCUACUAGCUUCGAACGUAACUCCGUCUACCAUGACUUCCGCAGCUCUUAUACCGCUGAUCAACGUCCCGAUUGGUACUACGAACUUUUGAUCCGGAUGAGGGCGAAUUACAAGAGGGGCUAUGUUGGCUGGUCACCCCAAACUGUUAAGGACAUGGGCAAAGCGCAGAAGCAAAUUGCCAUCAUCGGAAAGGAUGUCUUUGAUCUUACCGGAUACCUGUCAGGUGGUCGCCCUUACCUUGCUUAUCCUCCAGACGUUGAUCCACCAGCAACUGGAGAUGUGGACCUUGACAUCCUUGAUUCCAACGUUGUCGCUCUUUUCCAAAACGGUGCCGGUCAAGAUGUCACCAAGUACUGGGAUGCCCUCAAGCUUGACCCUGCUUCCCGAGUCUCGCAGAGAUCCUGUCUGAGAUACCUUUACUUCAUCGGUAGAGUGGAUUCCCGUAACUCCACCGUGUGUCAGUUUGCAAAUAACAUCAUUCUUGCGAUUACCAUCGCCUUGGUCUCCGUCAUUGGUUUCAAAUUCUUGGCUGCCCUCCAGUUCACCAGAACCAAUAUUCCUGAAGCCCUGGAUAAGUUCGUUAUUUGCCAAGUUCCCGCAUAUACGGAAGAUGAGGACUCACUUCGUCGUGCUAUUGAUUCGUUGGCCCGUAUGAAGUACGAUGAUAAGAGGAAAUUGCUUGUUAUUGUCUGUGAUGGUAUGAUUAUUGGUCAAGGUAACGAUAGGCCUACACCGAGAAUUGUGCUCGAUAUUCUAGGAUGGACUGGACAAGAACCCGAGGCUCUUAGCUUCGAGAGUUUGGGUGAAGGUCUCAAGCAGCACAACAUGGGCAAGAUUUAUGCAGGUCUUUAUGACACGCUCGGUCACAUCGUUCCAUUCAUGGUUGUCGUAAAGGUCGGAAAGCCAUCUGAAGUUUCUAAGCCUGGUAAUCGUGGAAAGCGAGACUCUCAGAUGAUCAUUAUGCGCUUCUUGAAUCGUGUGCACUAUAAUUUGCCAAUGAGCCCUCUUGAACUCGAGAUGUACCAUCAGAUCAGAAACAUUAUCGGUGUUAAUCCCACUUUUUACGAAUACCUACUGGGUAUUGACGCUGAUACUGAGGUCGCACCGGACUCUUGCACUCGUUUUGUUUCCACAUUCAUCAACGAUACAAAGGUCAUCGCUGUCUGCGGUGAAACCGGUCUUACCAACGCGAAGGCUACAUUUAUUACUAUGAUGCAGGUCUACGAAUACUUCAUUUCCCAUAAUCUGUCCAAGGCAUUCGAAAGUUUGUUCGGCAGUGUUACUUGUCUUCCAGGUUGUUUCUCCAUGUACCGCAUCCGAACAGCAGAAACCGGAAAACCUCUAUUCGUCAGCAAGGAAAUUGUGGAAACAUACGCAAACAUUCGUGUCGACACUCUGCAUCUCAAGAAUUUGUUGCAUCUUGGUGAAGAUCGUUACCUCACAACCCUGCUUCUCAAGUUCCACCCAAGAUUCAAGACCAAGUUCAUUAUGAGCGCCCACGCAUGGACUAUUGCACCAGACAGCUGGAAGGUUUUCUUGUCUCAGCGUCGUCGUUGGAUUAACUCUACUGUCCACAAUCUUGUCGAACUUAUCCCCUUGUCCCAGCUUUGCGGUUUCUGCUGCUUCAGUAUGAGAUUUGUGGUGUUCAUCGAUUUGCUCUCCACUAUCAUCGGUCCUGCCACUGUUGGUUACUUGGUUUUCUUGAUUUAUACCGCCGCAACAGCAACAGAUAUCAACAAGUACGUCAUGGCUUUCAUUCUAUUAGCCGCGGUUUAUGGUCUUCAGGCUAUCAUCUUCAUCUUGAGGAGGAAAUGGGAAAUGAUCGGUUGGAUGGUUGUUUACAUCUUGGCUAUCCCCAUCUUCAGUUUUGCACUCCCAUUGUACUCCUUCUGGCACAUGGACGACUUCUCGUGGGGUAACACUCGUGUGGUCACCGGUGAUCAUGGUAAGCAGGUCGUCAUCUCCGACGAAGGUAAAUUCGACCCGGCUAUGAUUCCCCGCAAGAAGUGGGACGAAUACCAGGCCGAGCUAUGGGAAUCCCACACUUCGCAAGGCGACGCACGAUCCGAAUACUCUGGUAUUUCGUACGGUACCAAGCCUGCUGGAAGUGAAUACGGUGGUGUACCACCAAGUCAUUAUGAAGUCCCAUUACCCAGGUAUACGAGCAAUGGAAGCAGGUUCAGCCUUGCACCCAGUGAGAUGCUUGGUGGACAGGGGAUGAGGGAGACAAGAGAAGGGGUUGAGUUGAUUAGUAUGGAGUUGCCGAGUGACGACGCCAUACUAGCGGAGAUCAGGGAUAUUCUUAAGACGGCGGAUUUGAUGACGGUGACGAAGAAGAGUAUCAAGGUUGAGUUGGAGAGAAGGUUUGGAUUGAGCUUGGAUGCGAAGAAGGCGUAUAUCAAUUCUGCUACGGAAGCUAUCCUUUCUGGAAAUCUGUAA